AUGUCUCAACGGCAUCAGCGGAGGGGUAUCGAUCGAGAACUGGUUGCCUACAUUUGUGUGGCCUACGGCAUCCCCUUGACCAUAGUCAGCACCUGUCUGACGUUGCAAUUCUGUGACUGCACCGAUCUCCCUGUGAUCUACGCAGAGGCAAGUAUCUGCUGGAUCACUGACGCCACCGUUCGUGCGGUCACCUUUGUGGUACCGAUAGCAGUGAGUCUGGCGUUAAACAUCGUGAUGUAUGUCUACACAGUGCUUCAAGUCCGAAGAACUAGACAAGCGAGCAAGGUCGUUCGGAAUGAGGGAACGGCAGACACCGUCAAGGAAGAACUCUCUAUCUACGUAAAGAUUUGCACUCUUGUCGGCCUGACCUGGGUGUUUGGCUUCGUGUCGCAGUCAGUGACGGGCAUCCUGGCCUUCUCCUACAUCUACAUCAUCCUCAACUAUCUCCAGGCAGUCUUCAUCUUCCUUAGCUUUUGCCUCAAUGAGAGGGUGCGGGGCAUGUGGAGACAAAAGGUGCAAGCCAAGCGGACGGGAGUCCCGACGAAUUCAACGUCUCAGCCGAAGCACGGCGGAAGCACGGGUACUGCUACAACCAACCUGUCUGCGAUAAGUUACCUAAACGCAACAACAGAAAAUACCAAACUGUAA